AUGGCUGUGCCUCCAGAUAGAUCAACAAGGAAUCUUCACAACUUCACCUUGCCACGGUUGAAAUGGGGCAACCAAAGAUUACUCCAAUGCAUGAAAUCUGAUAACAACAACUCCAUCACCACCGGCGAUACCUCCACCGAUCAUAGUAGAUCCUCAGCUUCUGAAGCUACCGAUUCCGACGGCUUAAACCGAAGAACUCGACGCAGAAAUGAUCUGAUCAGACCCAGAUCUUCUAAUCCUUCAAAGAGCUCGAAUAAAUCUCCAUUAAACCCAAACGGUGGUGUUUCUGAUAAUGACGGAAUCGAGGGUGUCCGUCAGAAGCUCAUGACCGAUCUCAGAGUCGCCGCCGAUAGAAUGAAAGUCCCAGUUCUCGAAGAGAAAGAGAAAGAGAAAGAAUCAGACAUAUCAAACUCUCCCAAGCCAUCGAAUUUGCGGUCUCGCAGAGCUCCGUAUAAGGGUCCAAACGAGUCCUGUGGAAGCAGCGGCGGAGGCGACAGAGUUGACGGUGGUGGCGGAGGACAUGCAGGGAAGCAAGAGAGUCCAGUGGCAACGGUGAAAUCUACUCGGUUGAGAAAUGUGGUGGCAACUGAAAAAGAGACUCUGGAGAUGGGAGAGAAUAGCCAGAGACCUAAAUUCUCGCUUACCCUCACAAAAGAAGAGAUUGAGAGUGAUUUCUUGGCUAUGACUGGAGCGAAACCCCCUCGGAGGCCCAAGAAGAAGCCUAAGGCCGUUCAGAAGCAAUGGGAUGUCAGAACAAAAUCAUUUCUUUUCUGCAUUUUUUUUUUCAAUUUCAGUUCUGUGGCAAAUGCUCAUAUUUUGUCACUUUUUCCGGGGAAAUGGUUGACAGAAAUAACACCGGAGAGGUACAAAGUCCCAGAUUUUCCCGAACCAGGGAAGAGUUAA